AUGGUUUCAUUACAUUUAAUACUUCUCUUUCUUUUAUUUUGUACCAUUGUACGCGUAACUAUACAUUAUGGACGCCGCUAUAAACAACUUCUGAAUGAAACAAAUUCGCCUAAGAAAGAUUCAGACUUACAAGCAGAAAAAUUUGGCGGAGAUACACCGAGUCAACAAGGCAGUGGAACAUCAACUGUUCUUGAUAAUGCUAGUGGACAAACAAAUCCAAAUAUUAUCUAUUAA